AUGCUCCAAACACAGUUUUGGGACUACUAUCCUCCAGUGGGACCGAACGACACGUUCACAUUACACGGGUUGUGGCCCGAUAAUUGCGACGGGACGUAUGAGCAGUUUUGCGAUAACAGCUUAGAGAUCUCCAAAGGAGACAUCAAGAAAAUUUUAGUAGACAAGUUCGAUGAUCAAAAAUUAUAUGAGAAGAUGGAGGGAAUCUGGAAGAACUUCAAUGGCGACGACGAGUCCUUAUGGAUCCACGAAUUCAACAAGCACGCUACCUGCAUCAAAACGAUAAAACCCCGGUGUUACGGAAACAGUUACGCUACUGACGAAAACGUGUAUGAUUUUUUCAAGAUUGCAGUUUCUCUCUACGAAAAGUACCCUACGUUUGACUUUUUGGCGCAAAAUGGAAUCCAUCCUUCCUUGGAUGCAACUUACUCGAAAGAGCAGAUUGCCCAGGCAUUGAACUCCAACUUCGACGAUAAGGUGGUUUAUUUCAAGUGCAACAAAUACAAUGCCUUGCAGGAAGUGUGGUACUUCCAUCACUUAAGGGGCUCGCUUUUGAAGGAAGAUUUUGUGAAGAUUUCUGCGUUCAACAGCCCUAGCUGUCCCAACGAAGGAAUAAAAUUUUUGCCAAAGGGCAAGUUUUCCCCUCCCCCUGGUCAACCACCCAAGGACCCUAGCGGAAGACGUGGAUACAUUCGUUUAAGUGAUCAUUCCGGAUGUCUUAUCAGCAAUGGACAGCACUACGAGUACGGCACUUGUGCUACCUUCAGAGUGGUAGACUCGCAAUUUGGCGGCAAAAACUUGAUCAGCUCUAAGGGAGUUUGUGGAUUCGAUAGCAAGGGCGACUUGACAUGUAAUAAAUCCAAUUCGGGUUCAAAGUUCCAGUUCCAGUUUGACAAAGAGACUAGGGAAAUCGGCUUCGGUGGUAAUUUCAAGUGGUGUUUCGAUGAAAGUGGUAAGCAUGGACAUGGGAAGUACAUUCAGACUCCUGUUAGGUUGGCUGACGGUAAGUGUGACGCCUUCUCUUUGAAGUUGGCGUAG